AUGACAUAUUCUGCAAGCGAUAUCACGGCUAGUCUGCUCAAGCAACUUUGUUUGCUUGGCGAAUUUUUGCCCAGAUGCUUGAAUGAAGCAUACAGCCAGUCCGGUGGUUGUCCUACACAACUACCCGAGCUAGGCAUUUUGCUCAGAGCUCUUGAGGAGACAUCACAAGAGCUUCGUGGUCCCAUUGUUAUCGUCAUCGAUGGUCUAGACAACCUACCGGAUGGAAAGGAAGCGACCGAUUUCUUCCGUGCCUUGAAGUAUACAUCCUGGAAGAUAAUUUUGACAAGUCGUCCUGAUCAGGUUAUUCUGGAGAAGGUUUGCAGUGGAUGCUAUAGAAAAAGGAUACAAGAUGAAGAUUUAGCCGGAGACAUUCGAAAAUUUGUAGAUGGAUCUAUUUCUAAAAAUCAGGCGUUCAAUCGGAUGCUAGAUGAUUCCAGUAAUCUGAGGCAGGAAAUCAUAGAGACAGUGACGUCGAAAUCGCAGGGACUCUUCCAUUGGGCAGAUAUCCAGAUGCGACUCAUUCUAGAAUCAAUAAAUCUCUCAGGAGUUCGAAGCGCGAUUCACAAGACCCCAAGCGAAAUUUCCAAGAUAGUUGAAAGUGCUUUUAGUAUGGUUCAACUACAACGCCAACAUCGCGCUUGGCCAGCCAUGAAAACAAUCGCUCUGCUAGCAAAGACAAGAGCGCCUCUCACUGCUGAUGCAAUAUGCCACGCAGUCGGCUUAGAUCUACUGCUCGACAUCGGCAAGAACCCAAAAAGACUUUCAGUUGACGAAUUGCCCCAUUCUGCACCGCUCAUUGAAUGUUGUGCACCCUUCGUCGGCAUUGACCCAGACACCCAAAUUGUCACUUUCGCACAUUUCGAUGUUGCACAACAUAUACAGCACCAUUAUGAGCGAUAUUUUGCUGAAGAAAGAGUAUCAUUAGCAAGGAUUUGUCUUGCCUACCUCUCCUUAAAUGUAUUUUCGGGGGGGCCUUGCUCAGACGAAGACAGCUUCUACAGACGCCAACGAUCAUAUCCGUUUUUCAUAUAUGCCGCUCAUCACUGGGGCCAUCAUGUGCGUGACAACUUUUCACAAUCAUCUUCAGCCGACGGUCUUGGUGAUCUUGUCAUCAAAUUGCUCACGAAUCGAGGAAUAUUUGAAUCAUACCUCCAAGCAGCGGAACUCAAUUUCGAAGUCAUGAGCAACAUUCAAAUGCGCCACCAGCUGGAUUUUGACACACAAUUGAAGAGGCUGAAGAGUGUGUCCAAUUUACAAGUAGCGGCGCGUUAUGGCCUUGCUGAGACAGUGCGCAUAUUGAUCAGUAGUGAUGGUGACUCGGUCUUUCAACAGGACUUGGAGGGAAUGUCGGCUUUACACGAAGCUUCCCGAUUAGGAUGGACAGAAAUUGUCAAAAUUCUACUAGACGCUGGAGCUAGUCCCUCGACUACCGACACUAGGCAGAAGACACCGAUACAUUAUGCUCUUGCAGGCGGCCAUGGAGAAAUCUCAUCGAUUCUGGAGAUAAUGAUGCCAGCGACUCCACUGCCACUGGAAGAGAUCUUGCAUGAAGCAGUUCAAAGUGGGGAUAUCGACGUUGUCGAAUUUCUGAUCAAGCAAAAAGUCAAUUUGAACCCCAGUCAUAUAGCGAGGUCGGCGCUUAUCACAGCUUGUCGGAGAGGGCAUGCUCAAAUAGUUAGAUUGCUCUUAGAGAGCGGGGCAGAUCCCAAUCCAAGGCCACACGAAUGUCCCGCAAGCGAGGACAUCCCUUUACAUUUGGCAGUCCGUCUCGGUCUCUUGCAAAUUAUGGAAAUACUGCUAGAAAAUGGUGCUCAUGCCAGCGUUUGCGAUGAUAAAGGACGAAGUGCCCUUUUUGAGACUCCGGGUACACCAGGUCUUGAAACAACUCUAAUGAUGCUCCAGUGCGGAAUAAAUAUCACACGAAAAGACAAUGACGGAAACAAGAUCUUGCAUUGGACUGUAGGAAAGGGCGCAUUGAAACAUACAAAAGCCUUCAUUGACCAAGGCGUACCAGUGGAUAGCCUUAACAAUGCUGGGCUCACACCUCUGGUGAUAGCUAUCCAAAACCAGAACUACCACAUGGUUAGGCUCCUUAUUCAAAGGGGUUCUGACGUAAACUUCAUCGAUGACGAGGGACGAACACCACUCACCCAUGCGAUCUUAGCAUCAAAACCGGAGAUUUGUGAGGCACUUCUGCGCGAUGGAGCUCCUGCAAAAACAGAUGGCGCACUCGGCUUAGCUAUCAUAGAGAACAAGGAGGAUAUAUUGGGUCUGUUGAUAAAAUACGGGGCGGAUAUCAACCAGCCAGACAACCAGUCACGGACACCGCUUGAAGUCGCAGCAGCAGCUGGCCAAAUCAACAUUGUGCGCUUCUUGAUUGAUGCAGGUGCGGACGUAAAUGGUCAUGCUCAGCAAAAGCAAACGCCUCUGACGGUAGCGAUAGCAGCUGAUCACCCUGAGAUUGUCAAAGUCCUUAUUAACAAGGGAGAUCCUACAGACUGCAAGGACGACAGUUCAGAGGAAGAUUGA